AUGAAUGAACAUCUUUUUGAUACGGGACAUUUUGUUGGAUUGGAGAUUCCGGUUGGAGGUAAACUCUCAGAGUCGCCACUGCGUGAUGUUUUAAAGUCGGAAACACAUGAUGCUGAACUUAUGUUAUCUAAAGUGGAAACCUUGCUUGGUAAAGAAGAUUGGAGAAUUUCGCUUCGUGAUUUGGAUAUAUCGUGGGACGACCCCGUCAUACGACGAGAAAUAAUUGCACACUGUCUAAAACUUGGUCUAUCGCCUCAGGAAUUCUUUUAUUUGAUUGAUGUUCCUCUCCCGAAGUUCUUGUUUGGCCUUAAAAGCAUUAAUCCGAAGAUGAUCGUGUGGUUCGAGUAUAUUAUUCAGUACAGGUCCUUGCAUGCGGUAUACAGUUUUUUCGCAAAAGAGGCAAACACGGCUUCCCCUGCCACUUUAUUCCAUGACCCGACCACAAGUCAUGAUAAGUUCGACGACGAAGACUUAUUUAAAUUUUUGUUGGGAAUUUAUCAGCCGCAGCCGGUUUCAAAAUCGGCCCUGACACUUGCGAAACGCAAGUCACGACAAGUGGAUGAAGUGGUGAAAUUGUUCGAGUUUCUUCGCAAAGACAAAGACUCACAUUUGAAAGAAUUAGCCGAAGAGAUGCUGGAAUUUUUGCUUUUUGGGUCAGAAACAUUUACGUCGGUGUUUCGUGUGUGGCUGUCUAAAUAUGUAUCACCGAUGGUUCUAUUGAGGAUUGUAUCUCCCAAUGGGGAGCAUAAUAAACGUAUCGAAUUUCUGUGGAAUCGAUAUGUCCAAUUGUACGUUAAUCAUAAGGGUUCGACCCGGAGAUUUUAUCCUCUUAAAUAUCAGGACAUGCUUGCUUUCUUGAAACAAAAGAAGACAGAAAGCAAGUGA